GCAAAUCCUGUGUCCAAGCCGCCAUUUAGCAGCAGUUGAGAUCCGUCAUGGCCGCUCCAACGUUGCAGUGCCAGAAAUGCAAGACGCCGCUGCGAGUUGAUGCCUCUCUCCAGCAUCUCAACCCGGCUUCUUUCAAGAUACUGGCCGAUGCUGCACCGAUUCUGGAGCCCAAGGCCCCUGAGCCGCCUCGAUCAGCCGCUUCGGCGGAGAGAAAGCAGCUAUAUGAUCACGUCUCGCAGCGUGCAGGUCCACCCGUCCACAAGAAAGAUGUUCGACAGCCUACGAGAACAGCAGGUACCCGGAACACCGCCGAUGAUAUGUCCUACAUUAUGCUUUCCGAAUCGCAGGUAGCGCCUGUCGCUGCCUCGCCCAGCAAGAAGAAAGCAGCUACCAAGAAACCGGCGGCUCCAGUCAUUGCUGAUGACCAAUCCGCAUUGUCUGAGGAACUAGAGACGACAAGGAGACUCUUUGAGAUUCUGUCUGCUCGAUCAGAUAUCGACCAUCCAGUGUGUUCUGAAUGCACCGAGCUCCUUCUAGAAGGCCUGCAAAAGCGCCAAGUUGCUGUCAGCCGUGAACGUGAUGCUUAUGUCGACUUCCUGAAAAAGGCUCAACAGGAUAUCCCCACCGAGGAAGAGAAAAUGCAGACCAAACGUGCUCUGGAGGAUGCGCAACGGCGCGAGAAGAAAUCUCUAGAUGAGCUCGAAGCUUUGGAAGCCGAGAAGGCGCGGAUGGAAGAUGAGAUGGCUGCUCUGGAUGCUGAAGCAGAAGCGCUAGAUGAGGAGGAAGAGAAUUUCUGGCGCGAACGUAACGCUUUCACUGCUGAACUCACGGGUUUCCAAGAGGAACGCGACAGCCUGCAAACUCAACUUGCGCACGACACCAAAGUUUUGGAAGCGCUCCAGCGUACGAACGUCUACAACGACACUUUCUGCAUUGGUCACGAUGGAACAUUUGGAACUAUCAAUGGGCUUCGCCUAGGCAGGACACCAGAGCAGUCAGUCGAUUGGCCGGAGAUCAAUGCAGCGUGGGGUCAGACACUACUGCUAUUGACUGUUGUUAUCGACAAGCUUGGUUAUAAACUCAAGGGAUUCGAACUGGUUCCCGUCGGCUCGACUUCAAAGGUGGUCAAGUUGGAGUACGCGCAAUCAGCAUCGACAGUGGAUGGAAAGCCGAAGAAACAUGUGUUUGAGUUGUUCAGCAGUGGCGACUUGCCUCUGGGGCUGGGAUUCCUACAUCGCAAUUUCGACAACGCCAUGGUUGCGUUUCUCGAGUGCUUACGUCAAGUCGGCGAGCAUGUGGAGCGCACAACGCCCAAAUCUGGCAACACUGGUUUAAAAAUGCCAUAUCCGAUUGCCAAAGAUAAGAUCGGGGACGUCAGUAUCAAACUCGGCAAUUUUGGCCAAGAGGAGCAGUGGACCAAAGCUUGCAAAUAUACAUUGACCUGCUGCAAGUUCCUGCUCGCCCACGCUAGUCAUGUCUCUGACGCGAACGAAGCAAGGAGUGGUCGCUGA